CUCUCUCUCUCCGACCUUUUAAUAAUUUUAAUUUUUAAUACACUUGACGCUCUGUUCCUUUUUCUUCCUCCUCUUCUUCUUCUUCUUCUUCUUCGUCCUCUCAAUUUCUUUUUAUCAUCGUCUCCAUCCCAGAGCCUUUCAUGAACCAGAGGAGUAGGCCAAAGACGAAGGAAGCACUAUCCCUGAAAUCACCCUAAGAUUCUCGUACCGAUAUAUUUUGGUCUUCGAGCGAGUUGAAGGCCGAUUGGAACACAACUUCAACUGGGGUGGGUGUUUGUCGAGUUUCUGAAUUCUGGAAGUUUAGAGAUUGAUCCAUAAAUGGGUAAUCGUGGCCAAAAGCGUGCUGAAAUGGUUGAUGAAUUGCCAGCUGAUAAGCGGGCAUGCAGUUCGUUGGAUUUCAGACCAAGUUCAUCGAAUUCAUCGGUUCAGACCCAUAUGAACUCCCCCAAUUCAGCACAUGAAACCCACGACAAUGACAUGGAAACUUCUUCAUCCGCUUCAGCCUCAAGCCGAUCAGAAGGAGAACCUGAAAGGGAUUCAGCGUAUGGUUCUUGUGAUUCUGAUGAUGCGGAGCAAAGACAUAGCAAUCUUCGCCACUAUCGUGAUUAUCAGAGGCAGAGAUCGUCCACUGAUCAUGGAAAAUUCAAGAGAAUUUUAUCAAGUUUGAGUGAAGAAACUGGCCCUUCCGAACAACUGGCUUCACUUACUGAGUUAUGUGAAGUGUUGUCAUUUUGUACACAGGAUUCACUUUCAAGUAUGGUGUCAGACUCAUUGUCUCCGCUUCUUGUAAACCUUGCAAAGCACGAGAGUAACCCAGAUAUAAUGUUACUGGCUAUAAGAGCUAUAACAUAUAUAUGCGAUGUGUAUCCUCGAUCAUCGAAUUUCCUAAUUCGGCAUGAUGCAGUUCCUGCUCUUUGUCAAAGAUUAUUGGCUAUUGAGUACUUGGAUGUUGCUGAACAGUGUCUGCAAGCGUUGGAGAAGAUAUCACGGGAGCAACCGCUUGCUUGCCUACAGGCUGGGGCAAUUAUGGCUGUCCUAAAUUAUAUUGACUUCUUCUCAACAAGUGUACAGAGAGUUGCGCUUUCCACUGUGGUGAAUGUCUGUAAGAAGCUUCCCUCUGAAUGCCCUUCAUCUUUCAUGAAAGCUAUUCCCAUAUUGUGCAAUCUUCUUCAGUAUGAAGAUAGACAGCUUGUUGAAUAUGUUGCUAUCUGCUUGAUUAAAAUAGUGGAGCGAGUAAGUCAGUCUUCUGAGUUACUGGAUGAACUUUGUAAGCACAGGUUGAUUGAUCAAGUCAUACAUCUUAUAGACUUGAAUUGCCGAACCACUAUAUCCCGCCCUAUAUAUAAUGGUUUGAUUGGGUUACUUGUAAAACUUUCUUCUGGUUCAAUUGUAGCCAUCAGAACUCUAUAUGAGCUUAAGAUAAGCAGCAUACUGAAGGAUAUAUUAUCUACUUAUGACCUCUCACAUGGAAUGUCUUCUCCUCAUAUGGUGGAUGGACAUUGCGAUCAGGUUUAUGAAGUUCUGAAGUUGCUUAAUGAGCUUCUACCUACUACAGCUAGAGAUCAAGAUGAUCAACAGGUGUUGGAUAAGGAAUCCUUUUUAGUUAUCCCCAGUCUUCUGCAAAAGUUCGGACUGGAUAUACUUCCCUUGUUGAUCCAGGUAGUUAAUUCUGGUGCAAAUUUAUAUGUUUGCUAUGGCUGCCUUUCUGUUAUCAACAAGUUAGUUUAUUUCAGCAAAUCUGACAUGCUUCUUGAAUUGCUUAAGAACACCAACAUUUCAAGUUUUUUGGCUGGAGUGUUCACUCGAAAGGAUCAGCAUGUGCUCUUAGUAGCUCUACAUAUUGCUGAGAUGAUCCUGCAAAAGCUUUCUGAUAUUUUCCUGAGUUCAUUUAUCAAGGAAGGUGUCCUUUUUGCUAUUGAUGCAUUGUCAGUACAAGAAAAUUGUGCGCAAUUAAUGUUUCCCAAAUUCACUGGUGUCCAGCUGUCAUUUGACUCGAGCCAGAAAUCAGCUUCAAAGGAGGUUCUGAGCUGUCUAUGUUAUGCUUUUGCUACUGGUCAGUCUCCGACAACUUCAGAAACUGGUAGUUGCAAGCUUGAAAAUGAUUCUGUUCACAAACUUGCAAAGCAUAUAAAGACAAAUUACUUCACACCGAAUUUGUCUGAGCAAGGGGUGACUGAUAUCCUUCAAAAACUCAGAACCUGUUCUACUGCUUUAAGUGAUUUGGUUAAUGCAACAAUAGGUAAUGAUGCACAUGCACAGCAUGAAGAGAGGUUUUAUUGUAUAGUGCAUCAAAUUAUGGAAACUCUUAAUGGGAAGGAACCCAUUUCCACUUUCGAAUUUAUUGAAAGUGGGGUCGUGAGAUCAUUACUGAGUUACCUAUCCAAUGGCCAAUACCCAAGAGAAAAGGGAAAGGCUCAGGGUGUAAAUGGUCAUUUAAUUAUUGUGGAAAAACGAUUUGAGAUGUUUGCAAGGUUAUUCUUAUCUUCUUCAGAGCCAUACUCUGUGGACUUGCCCCUAUUGGUGCUGAUUCGAAAAUUACAAAGUGCACUGUCUUCUUUGGAAAAUUUCCCUGUUAUUUUGAGCCAUGGAUCCAAGCAAAGAUACUCAUAUGCAAUGGUUCCAAUUGGACGCCGCACAAUGCAUCCAUGUCUAAAGGUUCGCUUUGUGAGAGGAGAGGGGGAGACAUGCCUUGGUGAAUAUUCUGGAGAUGUUCAGACAGUGGACCCUUUUUCCUCUUUGGAUGGCAUUGAAGGAUUUCUGUGGCCUAAAGUUAGCAUUAGAAGAAAUGAGCACAUUAAAUCAGCCAGUUGCACUAUGGGUAAAACAGAGAGUUUACCACAUGAGUUACCAUCAACUGACAAUGAUGCCAACUUGUCUCAGUCUGCUUUUGAACAAGCACUUAAUGAAUUUGCAAAGCAAGAAAUGCAACUUCCUCUGGAGGCAGAUGUCAAUAUGGAAGUACAGCAUCCUGCAUCUUGCAGUGAUGAAGAUGCUUUGCAAAAACUGGUAUUUUACCUUGAAGGGCAACAGCUGGAUCAUACACUGACACUAUACCAAGCAAUUCUACAAAAACAAAUAAAACAAAAUGAAUUUAUUACUGGGGCAAAAUUAUGGAGUCAAGUUUAUACAUUAACGUAUAAAAGAGUUUUGGAACCCAUACAAGGUAAUUCUCAAGAGUGUCUUCAGUCAGGCCAAAACUUGUCUGUAUCAGAUAAAGUUGGGGCAUAUAUGCAAUACACUCCAUUUGUCUCCAGCAUAUAUGCUUGUGAACUCACUUCUGACUUGGAGAGGUCUAGUUCGACUUAUGAUGUGCUGUUUCUACUCAAAAGCAUGGAAAGCUUGCACAGGUUUGCAUUCCAUCUGAUGUCUCGUGAAAGAAUAGGUGCUUUUGCUGAAGGGAGAAUUGAUAACUUGGAUAGUCUGAAGGUAGGAGUUCCUUCCAUGCCACAGAAUGAGUUUGUAAGCAGUAAGUUGACAGAAAAACUUGAACAGCAGAUGCGGGACUCUUUGUCUGUGUCUAUUGGUGGGAUGCCUUCUUGGUGUAAACAAUUAGUAGCUUCGUGCCCUUUUCUGUUUAGUUUUGAGGCAAGAUGUAAGUACUUCCAGUUAGCAGCAUUUGGUCAACUGCAAGCUCAGUCUCAUCAACUGUCUCAUAGUAAUUCAGGAGCCACAAGUGACAGGCGACCCAGCAGUGGCAGCUUGCCCCGUAAGAAGUUUUUAGUUUUCCGUGACCAGAUUCUAGAGUCUGCUGCCAAAAUAAUGGACUUGCAUGCCCGUUACAAAAUGCCUGUUGAAAUUGAAUAUAAUCAAGAAGUUGGUACUGGUCUUGGACCAACAUUGGAAUUCUAUACCCUGGUAAGUCGUGAGUUCCAGAAAUCUGGCCUAGGUAUGUGGAGGGGAGAGUAUGGUUUGUUUGCCUCCGGGACUAGUUUGGAAGCUGAGGAUAUGGGAAUUCUUAUGUCACCCUCUGGACUCUUUCCUCGCCCAUGGCCAUCUACUUUGAGUACAUCCGAUGACCAGUUUUUGGAAGUAAUAAAAAAGUUUGUCCUUUUGGGGCAAGUGGCUGCAAAGUCUCUUCAAGAUGGAAGGGUGUUGGAUCUGCACUUCUCGAAAGCAUUCUACAAAAUUAUUCUUGGCCGGGAACUUACUCUGUAUGACAUCCAGUCGUUUGAUCCCGAGCUCAGUAGGACAUUGCUAGAGUUUCAAGCUCUUGUUAAUAGAAAAAAGUUUUUGGAAUCUGUCAAUGGAGAAAAUUCACCAGCUGAAUUUGACUCGGGCUUUCGGGAUACCAGAAUUGAGGAUCUUUGCCUUGAUUUUACUCUUCCUGGGUAUCCUAGUUAUGUACUUGCUUCUGGGCCUGAUUAUAAAAUGGUUAAUAUGAGAAACUUGGAGGACUAUGUCUCGCUUAUUGUUGAUACAACUAUAAAUACUGGAAUUUCCAGACAAGCAGAAGCAUUUAAAUCUGGGUUUAACCAGGUUUUCCCUAUUGAACAUCUUCAGAUUUUUAAUGAAGAGGAACUAGAGCAUUUACUAUGUGGAGAACAUGAUUCGUUGGUGUUCAAUGAGCUCCUGGAUCACGUCAAGUUUGAUCAUGGAUAUACAGCUAGCAGUCUUCCUAUAGUCAAUUUGCUGGAAAUCAUACAAGAGUUUGACCAUGGACAGAGACGAGCAUUUCUGCAGUUUGUGACUGGGGCACCUAGGCUUCCUCCGGGUGGUUUAGCGUCUCUCAAUCCAAAGUUGACUGUUGUCCGAAAACAUUCUAGCAUCUGGGCCGACACAGACUUACCAAGCGUGAUGACUUGUGCAAAUUAUCUUAAGCUCCCUGCUUACUCUUCAAAAGAGAGGAUGAAGGAGAGGCUCUUAUACGCCAUAACAGAAGGCCAAGGAUCAUUUCACCUAUCAUAGAGUUCUAAUCUCCCUCUGUCCCAACAGGUACAUCAAUUGUGAAAAAUGUAAUUAUUAGAGUAGGUGCUGGUGGUGUUAGACAAAAAGAAUGGAUGGCUGGUAGUGAUGUUGCUGAUUGUUGAAGGGGAGCUGAUUGGGGUGGAACAAAAGGAAGCUCCUGUCUUCACUGACUAUAACUGGAGGGAUUAUGUAAAUAAUCAGUAAAUGCAGGUCGGUGAUUUUACUUUUGGUGGAGCUGUACAGUAGAAAAGAUUGGGGAUUUCAGUUAGAUUGGUUAAUUGCGCAUCCAAGAUUUCAUGCACAAAGCUUUGUACAGAGACGUUUAUGAUUAUAUAGUUGCUCUUUCUAUCUA